UCAUAAAAAGGAGGCUCUAUUUAAUCUCCCAAUCCCUAAACGGAAUCUCUCCUUCACUUGCAGCACUCAGCACAAUCAACCUGUCUCCCCCAACACAUUCUCUCUGUGUUUCAAAAAUUCCUUUUGGACGAACGAGUUUGAUCAGUCACUGACAUUCAUACUUGCUGGUAACACCAGGGAAAGUAGCUGUUGAUUAUAAAAUAAUUUGGGAUAGGAAACAACAUGCCCUGGUUUAGUAGAUUGGUUGACGUAUUUCGCCAAAUUGUGCAGCUGAACCUCUAUUGCAGGGUUAUCCUGUAACUUUCUUCUUUCUCCAAGUCUUAAUCUUCAUUUGUUUUUUUCUUUUUUUUUUUUGCCCUUUUCUUGGCUAUCCAUGGGAUCCACUCACUCUCGCAUCCUUUGUUGUGAGAUAUGUAGGAUUAGCUAGAGCUGGAAAAACUAAUUUGACUCUCCAUUUGCUAGAAGUUAGUACCCAUCUUUCUUCAUCCUAUUCUUCUCAGGGAAAAAUAUUAAUCUUUCUGCAAACCUCUUACUAUCCAAUACUAAUCACUUCGUCAUCCUAUCUCAAGCUUGGUUCCUUUCCUUGGCUUCUUCACUUGGUAGUUUCUUUGUGUCUCUGACCUGGAUUUAGAUUCAAUAUUGAAGGGACAAAAGUAGUUAUGGUGUGCCAAGCAGCGAGCCAAACAAGAUUCCGGGCAUUAAAACAUGAGAAUAGAAUUGCUGGUAAACCGACAAUUAUAGUUAGAAUUAUCGCAUGCUAUCAACCUUUGCAGGAUUGCCAGGCUGAAUACUUCCGCCAUCUGCUUAAACCUGUCACGUAGUUUAGUUCUGCAUCUGUGUUAUAGUUUUGAAGUGGAAUUCCUAGUUUUUCCAUUUUUUCUUAUUCCUGAAACAAGCAGCAAGUUGUUUAGCCCAGCAGAUCAAAGCACAAUCGAAUUUGGUGAUUUUGUGGUUGAAUGGUUAAGGUUAACAAAAUUUGGCAUUACCCACAAAAUUCUGCUUUGCAGUUGCCUGAUUUAAACUGCAUGACCUCCCCUUUUGAGCCCAGGCAACGAGAAUGCAUUCUUGCACAUACAAACCUUGGUGCUUGUAUGUUUUCUACAAACAAGGAAUUGCCAGGGGCUGCAGUCCCAGUUUUUUCUUCUCUGAUGACAGAACAAGCAAAUGAAGCACAUGGUUUGCUUCAUUGUUUUCCUCCUAGCUUCCAGACUCUGCCCUCUGCAAAUGUCUAUCUCAAAGAAAACCAAUCAAUGUUUUCUUCUGAUCUGGGCAAAAAGGCUCCACUAAAUGGCAUCUCUGGAUCCCCCCAGAAGAAAUUUCUUGUUUUUGAUCAGUCUGCAAGUGGUACAAGGUUGAUUUAUAGCUCUGUUUACCCACCUGCCCAUGAUCUAACGUCAGUAGUUGCAAAACUUGCUUCAGGGUAUAAAUCACAGUAUGAAGCAGAGGCAGUUAAGUUGAAUGAAAACCAUCCAGUGAAUACAGUUUUACAUGGAACUUCUUGUGAGAAUCAUGAAAGUGAAGGAAAUGAGAUGCAUGAAGACACAGAAGAAAUUAAUGCAUUGCUUUAUUCAGAUGAUACUGAUAAUUAUGAUGAUAUUGAUUACGAUGAUGAUGAAGUAACAAGUACUGGUCACUCUCCAACUGCAAUUGAGGAUAAACAUGAGAAGCGAAGUAGAGCUGAGGAGAUAGUGGAGGAAGUUGGUAGCACUGAUGGUUCAAACAAAAGGCAGAAACUGGUUGAUGGUUGGUACAAGAGAUCAUCACUAAUGGAUACCGCUAGUUCAGUAAAAGAUGAAGGGUCUUACGUGUAUGACAAUGAUACGGUAUCUUGCCAUGCUAUAGGCCAAAAUCAAGGUGCAGAAAUGGUUUCCAUUUUGGGAAACAAACCAUCUAGAAAGGAUAAGAUUCUCUCAACCAUGAAAAUUCUUGAGAUCAUAAUUCCUGGUGCGAAGGGCAAUGACCCAUCUUUGGUACUUGACAAAGCAAUAGAGUAUUUGAAGUCCUUGAAGCUUAAAGCCAAAACCCUAGGAAUGAACGAUUGAGUUUCACUCCCGCUUUGCAUGGCAGUAUGUCAGUUAAAGGGUGGGAAUGGAGAAUGAAAAGGUGGCAGCCAAAGCAAGAAUUCUUUGCUUGAAUAAUUGAUGAGUUUGAAAGCACUAAGCUGGCUUUUGUCAUUUAGGCUUGCUUAUCAAUUUUCUUUUCUUUUUGCCGUUAAGAGCUGCACAUAAAGUGCCAGGAAGUGAAAGGAAAAUAUGGGUUUUGUUUGUUGACCAGAAAUGAUCAUCUUUUUUACUUUUCGUGGAAUUAAAGAUGAUAAAGAUUUGAGGAAGACACAAAGUAAUUGAAGGCAUGAGGAGGGUAUGUUAGUGGUAAGCUGUGCUGGAAAUGAGGGGCCUCUUUCCCCUGGAAGUGUUGAGAACCUCCAUGGAUUUAGUGCAUGCGCGUUAGGUAACCAGGUCCCACCUUCCACUCUCUCUCUCUCUCUCUUCUUCUACUUGUUGAUAUUAUUUUUUGUCCUUUCUUUAUCCUCACUCAAAUCAUGCUGGUAUCAAUAUCUCUAAAGUGUGGAGAAAGUUUAUGGGGUUGUACAGUGUUUACAUGAUUGAGUGUCUGGGUCCACCCUUUGAUCCAAUCAAGCGCAAGAGAAGCUGGCUUGCCUUCACACCCAUGCUUCCAUUGGAUUUGUGGUACUUGUCCUGUAUGCUGUGGCAUGUGAAUCUAGUCCUCCUUCAGUUACAAGUUACUUGCAAGUGUUUAUGUGGAUUAUGAAGUGCUGGUACUACUGCUAUGCUUGUUUUUCUGUAGCAAUAAAAAAGAGAGUGAUUAUGGUGGUGGUGCAGUAAUAAAUAGUGUUUGGCCUCUCCUUUUUGUUGUUUGUUGUGUUGUACUCUCCUGAAGCCUUGUAUGAGUCUCUUAAUAAUAUAAAAAGUUUGCCAUA